AUGGCCGAGCAGAAGAAGGAUCUUUCUCUCUCUUCAGAGCACAUCGACGAAAUACCAGUCAAGGCCAAAGAGUCCGUUGGCAACGGACUUGGCAUGACGGAUGAGCAAUAUGAUACCAAUGAGAAGAGCCUGGUCCGUAAACUGGACUUUACUCUUCUGCCCAUGGUCUGGCUUCUUUACUUCUUCAAUCAUCUCGACCGUAACAAUAUCGCACAAGCGCGUCUCAGUACCUUCGAACAAGACCUUGGUCUCAAAGGCAAUCAGUUCAAUGUUGCAGUGCCGAUCCUGAGCGUUGGAUACAUGCUUAUGCAACUCCCCAGUAACAUGCUCCUUACUCGAACCCGCCCGUCGAUGUACAUCCCAGCCUGGACUGCUUUGUGGUCCAUUGUGUCUGCCGCUACUGCUGGUGCUGGUACCUAUACUCACUUGAUCGUCAUCCGAUUCUUCCUUGGUGCCAUGUUCCUGCUCAGCUGCUGGUAUCCUCGCAAGGAGCUUGCCCUUCGAACCGCGAUACUAUACUCUGGUGUUCUCCUCGCCACCGCCUUCUCGGGUCUUAUUGCUGCUGGCGUUCUGUCAGGCCUUGAAGGCGCUGGAAGCUUCAUGGCUGCCAUUGUCGCUUUCUUCGUCUUGCCUGACUUCCCUGGACAGAAGACUGGAGUUAUGAAGUGGCUUCUAUCUGAUGACGAGCAGAAGGUUGCCGUUGAGCGUAUUAACAGAGACCGUGUCUCUCUUCCAGAUGCUGAUCACGGUGUCUUUGCGGGUUUGAUGAUGGCUGUCACGGAUUUCCGAACCUGGGUGUUCGUCAUCAUGCUUACGGCCAACCAUAGUGCGUACGGCUUCAACAGCUUCUUUCCCACUAUCGUCAAUGAUCGUCGCAAGAACCGAGGCUACCAUAUCGCCAUCCCUCAAGCAGUAGGUGUUGGCUUCACCAUUUCCGUCGCCACGCUCAACAACGCCGCGAGAUAUGCAGCUGCCUUCCUUUAUAUCUGCGGUUGUUUCUCAUCCAACGCCAUGGUUUUUAGUUGGGCUAGUUCAACUCUCAACCAGACGCCUGAGAAGCGCGCUUGUGCCACUGCUAUCAUCAAUCUUCUCAGCCAACUUGGCAAUAUCUGGAGUCCAUAUUUUUUCCCUGCUAGUGAUGGUCCGCGCUACAUCAAAGCAAAUCUGCUCAUGAUGGCCUUCUCGGCGCUGUCAGUCGCGACUUGUGUGUUUAUGAGAUUCAGCUUGCAGAAGGCCAAUAAGAAACUUCGGGAGUCGGACGAUGGUAUCAAUUUGUUUACUUUAAAACCCAUUGAUGUCGAGUCAACGCUAGCGUCCUUGACUCUUGCUGAAAAGAUCUCCCUUCUGUCUGGAAGCGACUUUUGGCAUUCUCAAGCUAUACCAUCUCAUGCCAUCUCCUCGAUAAAAUGCACUGACGGGCCUAACGGUGCCCGAGGAGGGAGAUUCUUCAACCCUGUUCCAGCAUUAUGUAUCCCUUGUGGAACUGGUCUUGGUGCAACUUGGAACCCCGAUCUUCUCUACUCCGCCGGCCAACUACUGUCUAGAGAAUGUGAUGCUAAAGGUGCACAUAUUUGGCUAGGCCCUACAGUCAAUCUGGUCCGAGGACCCCUCAAUGGCCGCGGUUUUGAGAGCUUUUCUGAAGAACCGUAUCUAAGUGGCGUUUUAGCGACAGAAAUUAUCCGUGGAGUUCAGAGCAGAGGUACUGCAGCAGCCUUGAAGCACUUUGUGGCCAAUGAUCAAGAAACGGCCAAGAUGUCCACGGAUAUUUGCAUGUCAGAGAGGGCGCUGCGAGAAGUUUACCUUAAACCUUUCCAGAUGGCAGUCAGGGAUGCCAAGCCCAAGAUUUUCAUGUCUUCCUAUAACAAAGUCAACGGUGUACACGUGUCAGAAAGUAAGAAGCUACUGAAGGAUAUCUUGCGAAGUGAGUGGGGUUUCGACGGCCUCGUCAUGAGUGACUGGUAUGGCACAUAUGGUUGCACCGAUGCACUCAAUGCGGGAGUGGACGUUGAGAUGCCAGGCCCCUCAAGACAUCGUGCUGAAAAGGCUUUGGUCGCUGUAGUUUCAGGCAAAGUCAGUCGCAAGACGAUAGAUGAGCGAGCCAGAAAGGUGCUCGAGCUCGUCAAUACCACUACUUCAGCUCGAGUAUCAACGAAAGAGUCAACUCGUGACUCACCAGAAGACAGAGCGCUAAACAAACGACUCGCGACUGAGAGUAUCGUACUUCUCAAGAACUCAGACAGCAUCUUGCCGGUUACUCCUAAGGACUAUGCGGAUGUCGCUAUCAUUGGGCCAAACGCCAAGCUUGCUGCAGCUUGUGGUGGGGGAAGUGCAAAUCUACGACCAUAUUAUACCAGCUCCGUCUUCCAGGGAAUUAGUGACCAACUUCCAUCCAAGGCAAAAGUCCAUUUUGAACCUGGAGUAUUCGGCCACGUGUUGCUACCAUAUUUCACGGGUGAUAAUGUCACGGAUGAGAAUGGAAAACCAGGCGUCUCCAUUUCUUUCUUUAACGAGCCAGAGUCAGCGUGGCAAACGAGGAAGCCAUUUGACCAGCAAAGCAUACCAGACACUACGUAUCAACUAAUGGACUAUGAUCAUCCUGAGAAGGGCGAGACGUUUUAUAUGUCCAUGACAGCUUACUACAAGCCAGACCUAGACGGGACUUAUGAGUUUGGUCUCGCUAGCUACGGAGUCUCGAGAUUAUAUAUAGACGAACAGCUGGUUAUCGACAACGCGACAUUACAGACCCAUGCCGGGAUGUUCUUCGGUCAUGGAUCUAGAGAAGAACGCGGGACUUACGAGAUGAAAGCUGGUGAGACAUAUCGACUCCGCGUUGAAGCUGGCAGUGCAUCGACUUCAAUAACAACAGGCGGCUCUUUCAUUCCCAUACCAGGUGGAGCAUGCCGCUUGGGCGGCUGUCUGAAGCUUGAUCCAGAAGAGGGCAUCAGACGUGCUGUCGGAGUAGCGAAGAAGUGUAAGCACACUUUCGUUGUAGUUGGCCUCAAUGCAGACUUCGAGAAGGAGGGCAAGGAUAGAGAGUCUAUGAGCCUACCGCCACAUGUCGAUGACCUUGUAUUUGCGGUACUUGAAGCGCAGCCGAACGCUAUAGUGGUGACUCAAGCUGGAAACCCGAUUGAGAUGCCAUGGCGUCAUAAAGCGAAAGCUAUCCUGCAUAGCUGGUAUGGGGGGAAUGAAGCAGGAAAUGCAGUAGCCGACAUUGUUUUCGGCAAGGUCAAUCCCAGUGGCAAAUUACCCAUCACAUUCCCGAAUAGUCUCCAGGAUGGACCGACUUUCCUGAGUUUCGGAAGCGACAACGGAAGGAUAUACUAUUCGGAGGAUGUUUUUGUUGGACAUCGCUGGUUCGAUGCUCGGGGCAUUGAGCCAGCUUUCGAGUUCGGUCACGGCCUCAGCUAUACAACAUUCUCAACAUCCAACAUCCGAGCCGCGAAGGACGGUAUACAUAUUGACGUGAAGAACACCGGAAAGAGGGCUGGUGCCGAAGUUGUGAUGCUCUACAUCUCUUACGAUGCGGCAAAAUCAGGUCAGAAGUCGAGAUUUCACCGCCCUGUGCGAACACUUGCUGGAUUUCAGAAGGUCUUCUUGGAGCCGGGCCAAGAAACGGCAGCGUUUAUGGCUUUAGACAAGUACAGCACCGCGGUAUGGGACGAGACAUCCGAUAGUUGGCUUUGCGAAGCAGGAACAUACACCGCUUCGGUCAGGAGCUCGAGUGACAGUUUAGAAGUUAGCUUCAGAGUGGAGAAGGAUAUAUAUUGGAACGGGGCAUAG